GUCUGUGAGGACAUCAACGAGUGUGCAAAUGGUAGAAAUGGCGGAUGCUCUAUUCAUUCAGAGUGCAUCAACACUCAGGGAAGCUAUCGAUGUGGACCAUGUAAACCUGGCUAUGAUGGCGACUCUACUCGUGAGUGCAAACGAGUGUUAUUCUGCUCUAAUGCUCCAAGGGCAAAUCCUUGCGGGAAACUUGCACAUUGUAUACCAAGAAACGAUGGGCGGAAUUAUGAAUGCAAGUGUAAGCCAGGGUACGGUGGCGAUGGCGUUCGCUGCGGAAAAGAUUCCGACAUGGAUGGAUAUCCAGACAGAGCGCUUGGCUGUAAAGGACCGAAAUGUGCCAAGGACAACUGUCGCGAAAUACCCAAUAGUGGGCAGGAAGACGUGGAUGGUGAUGGUACUGGAGAUGCGUGUGAAUACGAUGCUGAUGGUGACCGAAAACCAUCUAAGGAUCAAGACAAUUGCCCAAGCGUGCCCAAUGAAGAUCAACAAGAUACGGACGCUGAUGGUGUAGGAGACGCCUGUGAUAACUGUCAAACAGUUAACAAUCCCGAUCAAGAGGACACUGAUAAAGAUGGCAUUGGUGAUGCGUGUGAUGUGGACAUUGAUGGAGAUGGUAUAAUCAACGUACUUGACAAUUGUCCAAAGGUUCCCAAUCGAGACCAAAAAAAUACGGACGGUGAUCCUCAUGGCGAUGCUUGCGAUAAUUGCAAAAGAGGAAAAAACCCAGACCAGGCCGACAAAGACGGUGAUGGUAUUGGAGAUGUGUGCGACUUUGAUCAAGACUACGAUAGGGAUGGUGUGGAUGACAGGCAUGAUAAUUGCCUUCGAAAACCGAAUGCAGCCCAACUGGACACCGAUGGAGAUGGACUGGGUGAUGUGUGCGAUUCUGAUGAUGACAACGAUGGCAUUCCUGAUUACAAAGACAACUGCCGAUUGGUCAGAAACGUUGAUCAGAAGGACAGUGACAAUGAUGGUAUCGGAGAUGCGUGUCAAGGUGACUACGAUAACGAUGGGGUACCAGACGCUGUCGAUAUUUGUCCAUACAACCACAACAUAACCAAGACCGACUUCAGUUCAUUUUUCAAUGUAAAUUUUGACCCUCUCAGCAAAAUAAAGGAUUAUCCACAAUGGAAAGCAAGUAAAAAGGGAAAUGAGGUGUAUUUGCGAAAAAACAGCAAUGUGGGAUUAUUUGUUGCCACGCCAAAGUAUGAAGACAUCGAGUUCAGAGGUACUAUGUUUGUCAAUACACAUCAGGAUGAUGACAUCAUUGGCUUUGCUUUUGGCUACCAACAAUAUGGCCAUUUCUUUCUUUUGUCAUGGAAGCGAAAAGAACAGAUGUACUGGAUUGUUAAUCCCUUCAGAGCAACUGCUAAAACAUGGCUAACACUGAAGAGAGUGAAAUCCAGCUCAGUACCUUCACAUGGAAUUCGCAAUGCUUUAUGGCAUACUGCAGAAACUAGACGUCAUACUAAAGUAUUAUGGCAGAAAAGGUUAACACGAGGUUGGAAGCCCAAGACAGCCUAUCGAUGGGAACUCAACUAUACUCCCUCUAAUGGAUACCUUAGACUUCAAAUGUGGGUAGGUACACAACAGCUUAUGGACACAGGCAUAUUACGAGAUCUUGAAAUGAGAGGAGGUCGACUGGGUUUCUUCAGUUUCUCGCAAGGGGAUAUCAUAUGGUCAGACCUCCAAGUUCGUUGUGUUGAUGGUAAAUAAAAGCAUCAGUUAUAUCUGAUGAAUAAAAUAUAACCAACAAUUGAAAAAUCAAGAAAGUAAAUGCACAAGAGUGGGCUGUUCCCUCCAAACAAAUGCUGUUCCACAGAUAGUACAUACCGAGGAAGAAGCUGAAUCAUUACCAAAAUAGAACAUUUGUAUAAACUUCAAAGAGCUAUAUAUUCUUGGAGUCUCAAUGAGCCAGUAGCAAUUAGCUUCAUCCAACACAGCUGUUAGCUAGCACAUCACUGUGCUGAAUUACUACACAGAGGGAUUAAUUGAAGCCAUAUUGUAGGACAUAAAAGGAAUUUUAUUUUUUUGGAAAACAAAACUUCUUGUAAUGAAAAACAUUGCAUUGCUGUGCACCUUAAACAGGGCUUUUUGAAAUAAGAGUUGCAAAAAAAAAAUUAAGUAGUUAUGAGGCAGUCAUACACAAGAGCAUGUUUAGUGCUCCAAGUCAAGGCUGGAUAUGAUAAGUUCAUAUAUUUACAGUAUUUUAUCAAGUCCAACUUCGACUAAGAAAAAUGUAUUUCGGCCAUAACAACAUUGCAGAACAUUAAUUUUUAGGAUCUCAUGCCUCACUUUGUACCCACACUCCCCCUAAUAAAGAAUGUUUCCUUGGGUUUGGCAUACCUUGGUGUCUGUCAUUUCAGAAAAUGAAAUAAGAAAACCUCUGUGACACCUGGCUAUGGUGAUCAACUGGCUUCCUAGAUGUUUCAUUUCUGAAAAUGAUUUCACAUCAGAAUUUCCAAUAUUCAGGGAUCAUUGGUCUGAAAGGACUUAUGUUCAAGUACUUUGCUGUGGAACAUCUUAAGUGGCUUUGUUGGAACUCCCAAAAACAGAGAGGAAUUCUUAUGAAUAUAAAGGCUUUAUAUUUGGGAAAUUUUUUAAGGACCUUAAGGGGGUCAACUAUCAAAUGCUGUAAGUGGACUACAUAAAGUAUUUCAUGUACUGUACCUUGGAACUACACAUCAAACUGUGUGAAGAAAAAACAAAACAUCACAAUUUGCUAAUGCUUUAAAAAUUAAACAGAAAAUUAGCUAGAUUCUUGAGUUUAAAAUACAAAUGUCAAUUAUUAUCAAAAAUAUAAUUAUAAGGUCCACUUAAGCAGUAGAGUGAGAAAAUUUAGAAAAAAUUAUCCAUUUCUUAGGAAUUAUGGCAGAAAUGGAUAAACAUUUUGUUUAUAUUAUUAUCAUAUUUAAGAAUGUAUUUUUGAAUACUUAAAUUAAACAAUUUCAAAAAUAUAUAAAGCUUUUCUCAAUGCAGUGCUACAGUACUGUAUAAGCAUACUCAUAAACAGUUUAAUAUGUCGAACGAAAGUGACAAGUGUGUAGAUUCAAAUUAAAAUUUGACACCUGUUA